AUUUUGGGUUGGUACCUAAUUAUGAACUCAAGCACGGGAUGCCUAAUAUCCCCCAGGCAAUUGAAGAAACUGUAUAAAAGCUCUCUCCACUAGGUCCUUCUAUCCACUUCUCUCACUUUGCUCGCCUUCGUGAAUUGGAUCUCCAACCCUACAAGAUGUCUUGCUACGACCUGUGUCCCACCUACAACAGUGGUGUCAGCCGUCCCCAGCCCAUUGCUGACAGCUGCAAUGAGCCCUGUUUCCGGCAGUGCCCUGACUCCGUGGCCGUGAUCCAGCCACCCCCAGUUGCUGUCACCUUCCCUGGCCCCAUCCUCAGCUCCUUCCCCCAGGAUUCAGUUGUGGGAUCCUCCGGAGCACCCGUCUUUGGGGGUUAUGGGGGCUCCCUAGGCUUUGGGGGCUCUUCCCUGGGCUAUAGGGGUCUGUAUGGCUCUGGGGGCUCUUCCCUGGGCUAUGGGGGUCUGUAUGGCUUUGGGGGCUCCUCUCUGGGCUAUGGGGGUCUGUAUGGCUUUGGGGGCUCCUCUCUGGGCUAUGGGGGCUUGUCUGGCUAUGGAGGCUCCUCCCUGGGUUACAGGGGCCUGUCUGGCUAUGGUAGAUCCUUCGGUUCUGGCUAUUGCAGCCCUUACACUUACCGGUACAACAGAUACCGCCGUGGAAGCUGCGGGCCCUGCUAAAUCAUGCAGUAAUGUUCCCUUCAUGUGAGAACCAACAGACACCAUGCAACGGGGUCGCAACUGAAGACCUCCAAGCUUUCACUACUCUGGGUUAAGAACAUGGAGAUGUGCUCCUUCAGCCCCGAUUGCAUUUCUCCCCCUUAAUUCUGUUUUCAUUUUCUGAUCCAGUGCUUCUCCCUUCCGUUUCCAUAUUGCCCAGGAUAAACAUGUAACAAAAACUUGGAGAUAAUGGUUCCUGUUUUUUCACAUCAGCUAAGACAUGGGAAGGAAAACCAAUCAUGUGGACGUAUCCCUGGCUGCAGACCAGUUUCAUACCUCUUGGAAACUCUGGAAAUGUAUUCUUUUUCUCACUUUAAUUAAAAGUUUGUUGCAUCAAAAUUGCCA